GCUAUGGCAGCGCCUUGUGUUGUUAACGGAGGAGCGUGUUAGUUAUCAACUCGGGUUCAGGUCAAGUUUUCAUCUUUUUCUGUGUGAAGUGGCUCCAUGUGUGAGGAUGCCACCGAAGAACAGAAAAAAGAAUGCGAAGCCGUCCGCCGUGGUGGACGGUCUGUCCACGGAGGAGAUGAACAAAGAUCAGCUGGAGGAGCACAUUAUCCGCCUCCGGGAGGAGCUGGAUCGAGAGCGCGAGGAGAGGAGCUACUUCCAGCUGGAGAGAGAUAAGAUCCAGGCCUUCUGGGAGAUCUCCAAGAGAAAGCUGAAGGAGGCAGAAGCCGAGCUGAGGAAUAAGGGCAGGGAGAAGGAGGAGGCCGAGGAGCGCCACCGAGUAGAGAUAUCUGUCUACAAGCAGAAGAUGCGGCACGUCCUGUCUGAGCAGCACAACAGCGUCACAGAGAUGAAGACAGAUACUGUCUUGUCCACCUCGCUGGUCCAGAAACAGAACCUGGAGUCUGAGCUGGUGCUGUGCAGAGACGGUCACGAUCUGCAGAUGGACUUCCGCCAGAAGGACUUCCAGAACGUCGGCAGCAUGAAGGAUCUGAAACUGAAACACCAGGUGGAGCUGAUGGAGAUGACCAACCACUACAAUUGCAGGUUGCAAGAACUUGAGGCCAACUAUUACAAGAAGAUGCAGUUGGUAAACGAGGCGGAGCAGAAGAAGCGGAGGGAGGAGGUGAAGGGCCUGGACAAGGAGAUGAAGACUCGUAUAAAGGCUCUGGUAGCGGAGCAGGAGAAGGUGUUGAAAACAACUAAGGACUUAUGCGCCUCUGCUCUGAAUCAUCUGGAGGUCACCCGAAAGAAGAACAAGGAGAAAAUGCAGAAAGUGCAGAAGCAGGAGCUGCAGGUGAGCAACAAGCUGUUAGCGGCUCAGCAGGAGAACCAGCGUCUGACGGAGGAGCUGCGUGACGUCCAACAGAAGCUGCCGGAGAUGCAGAGGCGGCUGCAGGAUUAUCAGCAGAACAAGGACAGCAUGAUGACGUAUCGUGCUCGUCUGAAGGUUGUUGAGAAGGAGCUGAGAGAUCUGACGGUGGAGCACGAGCUUCUGCUGCAGGCCUCCCAGAAGGUCCAGCAGGAGCGCGACGAGCUGCUGAGGCGGCAGACGGAGAGCAUCCUGGACCUGCAGCAGAGGAGUGGGAUGAAGAGGAUGCUGCUAGAGAGGAAGAUGGCGGCUCUGACUGAGACCCUGGAGAAGAAGGAGGCCCAGCUCUGUGCCGCGCUGUCCGUCUCCAGCAUCGACCCCACGGCUCGCAGCAACGCCGCCAACAAACUGAAGGAAAUUCUGGAGUCCAAACGGGUCGCCAUGGACACACUGCAGGAGAGCCUGGAUGGAGAGUGUAAGGACAACGGCGAGCUGCUGAACAGCUGUCAGCAGAGGCUGCAGGUGGCCGACGUCCCGCCACACGACUUCAGGCCUGUUGAGCAGGUCCUGAAGGCGGCGCCGCCCAGACGCUGAGGACAAAGGUCGGCUGCAGAUGACCUCCACAGACUGUUGAGUGAAUAUUUAUUCUGAAAUGUUUGGGUGUUUACCAGGUAAACACUCAUGUAAACAAUGAUAAACAAAGUUAAACUGCA